AAGUAGUGGUGGUCCAAUACACUGCACACCACCCCCCACGAAACUAUACUGAAUUUUGCCUGAAAAAAUUAUUCCCCUUCACCGGAGCGGCGGAGCCUCACCGAUCUCCUUCACUCCGGCGCCACCAUGGAUUUCCACCUCCGCGGCGGCUCCCCCUCCUCCUCCUCCGACGACCACCGCUACCCCAACAACAACAACAACAAUUCCUCCCUCCAGCCCACAAACGGCCACUCCUCCGAUCCUAUGCACUCCUGGUGGGAAUCCAUCUCCAAAGCCCGAUCCCGCAUCCACCUCCUCUCUUCCAUUCUACCCCCCUCCGACGAUGGCGGCGCCGGCGGCGAAGGCGAAGACCCUCUCUCCUCCCUCGCCGACACCGACCGCCCGGCCCGCUCCCUCCUAAUCUCCUCCGCCGCGUACACAUCCAUCUCCGCCGCCCUCUCCUCCCCUUCCUCCGGAUCCGGCGAAGACCCCCUCUGCCACUGGCUUUACGACACCUACCUCUCCUCCGAUCCCGACCUACGCCUCGUCGUCCUCUCUUACCUCCCACUCAUCUCCUCCAUCUACCUCCACCGCAUCCACCACCCGAACUCCGACAAUCCACUCUCUCUCUCCGGCUUCGAAGCCGUCCUUUUAGCCCUCUACUCCUCCGAAACAAAAGCCCGCAACGGCAAACCAGUCACAAUUUCCAUCCCCGAUCUCACCCAGCCUUCUCUGUAUCACACCCCCAGAAACCCUAAUAAACCUUCAAACCCUAAUCCCAAACCCAGCAAUCCCUUAAUCGGGGUUGUAUCCCCUCCUCUGGAGCCACAAAUGGCUGUUAAAUCCACCAAGCGUGCUUGCAUUGUUGGGGUUGCUCUCGAUUGCUACUACAAGCAGAUUUCCCAGAUGCCGAUUUGGUCAAAGUUUGACUUCUGCAAAUUCGCCGCCCGUUGGGCCGGUCAAGAUUGCCCCUGCACCUCAGAUUUCGACCGCAAACCGGAGCAUUUCGUCGAAAAGAAUAACCGGUUCGAAAACGAAACUAACGUCGGCCUCGAAGAGAUCGAAGACGAGAUCGAAUACGUGGCGGAUAGAGUUGGGAGUUUGGAUAUCGAGGUUCAUAAUUAUUCGUCUUCGGAAGUGGGAGAAGAGGAUGUAAGAAUUCCUCUGCCGUGGGAGUUGUUACAGCCGAUUUUAAGGAUUUUAGGGCACUGUUUGUUGGGACCGUUGAACGCCGACGAGGUGAAGGAUGCGGCAUCGAUGGCGGUGAGGCGUUUGUACGCUAGGGCUUCGCACGAUCUUGUCCCGCAGGCGAUUCUGGCGACUAGGAGUUUGAUCCAGCUCGAUAGGCGGGCCCGCGAAGCGGCCAAUGCUGCUGCAGCGAUGGUGGUUUCCAGCGCUUCUGGUUCGAAUGCAAACACUCCGAGUAAGGCCAAGAAACCCGAGAUACUAUUGGUUUCCAAGUGACGAAUGAUGACGAUGAAUGCCGUUACUAUCAGUGUACGUCUGGUUUCUUAACUUCCUUUCUUCGCCUUUCGAUUUUGUUGAAGCGAUUUUAUGUGGUUUUGUGUAGAUUUAUGGAUCUGACUAUACGUAUGAUUACAUUUGUUUGUAUUAAUGGUUGUGAAUGUGUUAGAUCGAAGAGAUAGAUGCCUCCCGGUGCUGUGUAAGAUUACGAACCAAUUGUUGAAUUUGAGUUUUUGUCUGUUUUUGUUUGAAAUGCUAUCGGUUCUUGUCGUAAAUCGUUGUGCACAUUGCUUUGUUAUUUUUUGUUCGUGUAAAAUACACGCGUAUUCGGAUAUUCUUUCUGUAGAAAAGCUAAAUAAGCUCGACACACUUCCCUCAUGAUUCGUAAUAUUCUUCAGCUUUACAUUUACGAUGUAUGAAUUGCAAAAUUGUAUAAUUGUCAAUGAGUGAAGUGUUUGAAUC